UCCGGCCGCCCCGAAGUUCACAGCGGCCGGCGGGCUCCGCGGAGGGGCUGGCGCGCGCCAGGUGGCCCGCCUGCCUCCCUUCUAGCCCACCUCCUGGGCAAUUCUGCAGGCCCCUGGCCCUCUAGCCCCGGGCUGGCGCCCUGGGCGCAGAGCCGAAGGGAGCUCUCGAGGCGCCUUCUGUUUACCUUUUAUGGUUAAAAUAACAGCUUAGCAAAGAAGCGACUUCACGAAGAAGCGAUUUAGUGAAAUCGUCUCAAGCUGCCGCAGCUCAGCCAGUUUAAUCACCCCCAGAGAGCUGAACAACUGCGAGCACAAUGGGACACAAAAUCAUUUUCAGUGGUCUCGGGGGAAGGGUCGUGGUCCAGCACAGAUGCGUUUGUCGGAGGGAGCAGUGGAGGUUCGAGUCAAGGCGUACAGCCUGGGGCUUCCAAUGAUACUCUGGGCAGCGAUGGAAGCCUAGAUGCCUCACCGCAAGGAGCGGCCGAGCGGGUCCUCGCUUCACGCCCACGGCAGCGCCGGCACCGCGGAGGGAGGAAGCAUGUCCCGGUUGUCUCUCACCCGGUCGCCUGUAUCUCCUCUGGCCGCCCAGGGGAUCCCACUGCCCGCCCAGCUCACUAAGUCCAAUGCCCCUGUGCAUAUCGACGUGGGGGGCCACAUGUACACCAGCAGCCUGGCCACGCUCACCAAGUACCCUGACUCCAGAAUAAGUCGCCUCUUCAAUGGCACUGAGCCCAUCGUCCUGGACAGUCUGAAGCAACAUUAUUUCAUCGACCGGGAUGGAGAGAUUUUCCGCUACGUCCUGAGCUUCCUGCGCACGUCGAAACUGCUGCUCCCAGAUGACUUCAAGGACUUCAGCCUGCUGUAUGAGGAGGCGCGGUACUACCAGCUGCAGCCCAUGGUGCGCGAGCUGGAGCGCUGGCAGCAGGAGCAGGAGCAGCGGCGCCGCAGCCGGGCCUGCGACUGCCUGGUGGUGCGCGUCACGCCAGACCUGGGGGAGCGGAUCGCUCUCAGCGGCGAGAAGGCGCUCAUCGAGGAGGUCUUCCCUGAGACCGGCGACGUCAUGUGCAACUCGGUCAACGCUGGCUGGAACCAGGACCCCACGCACGUCAUCCGCUUCCCGCUCAACGGCUACUGCCGGCUCAACUCGGUGCAGGUCCUGGAGAGGCUGUUCCAGAGGGGUUUCAGCGUGGCCGCAUCCUGCGGGGGUGGCGUGGACUCCUCCCAGUUCAGCGAGUAUGUGCUUUGCCGGGAGGAGCGGCGACCGCAGCCCACCCCCACCGCUGUCCGAAUAAAGCAGGAACCCCUGGACUAGGCCCUCCCUCAGUGCCCCCCUGAGGACACCCCAGGGACCUGGAAACAGUGGCUGGGGAGUUCUGCCUCUGCCUGCUUAGUGGUGGGCAUGAGACUGAGGGUGGGGCCGGAGGGUCCAAAGCCUGCCCAGGGAGCCCCAGGGCUCUCGGUGUCAUGGCAACAGAAUGUGGGAUGCCGGAGGCAUGCCCACUGAAGGACUGUGGAUGUGACCCAAAGAUGCCGAGGUGGGGACUCCGCCGCCCACUGUCUGGGCCUCCUGGCUCCCCAGCCCAGUGCAGCAUCCUCGAGGCUCUGCACUCACUGAGGCAGGGUCAGCAGAGGCCUCCCCGGCCCGCUCUAGGGAGCUGUCCAUCCUUCUCCACGUGCAGCAGACUCCAGUGGGUCUCCUUGCGUCCGAGAUGGCUUAUUUUUCUACAGUAUUUAAGAUGGAAGUAACGUAAGGGCACAAGUCAGAGAGGCCGCCAAGGACCAAUGCUUCUUUAUCUGGUGCUCAGCUCAAUCAGCCGCGCAGCAUGUCUGCAUGGGGGGAGGGGGGGCGGAAGAGCUGGGGGGCACGCGGGCCCAGGUGCCCACAGAGUGGGGCUUGGAAACUUCUGAUCCCAGCUCUAGGGACAGAUGCAGGAAUGGCAGUGCGAGGGGUGCUGAAACUGGGCCUUCAUGGGUGGGGCUGCUGGGAAGAGGGUGGUACAGGUGUGAGGGAUGGAUGGCUCUGGAACCCCAUUUGAGACCCUACCUUUGUGGCACCCCUGGGGCACAGGCUAUACUUGGGAGUCACCUGACCUGCUGAUGCCCAGGGGCUUUGAUUCCUAUCUGUGUACUCACAUCUGGAUUCCCAGAGAAGGCUCUCCCCAUCCGGACCAGCCACAGGGGCCACACCACAUCCUUACCUCAGGCAUGGGCCCCACAGUGAAGGGGCUCAUCAGUCAGCAGCAUCCUCUGGGUCCCCAGCUCAGGAAGCCAACCCAGCUCUGAUUUUCCCACACUCACGUGCACACUGAAUUUUAAUUAAACUGUAACGCUAGCCUGUGGGUAAGACCUGGACACAGUCAUACGUUGGGCCCUUGGCCCUCGAUUCCAACAAGGACUGCCCCCCCCCAACCCACCCAGGGGUCUUCACAGACCUGCUGUCUCUCAGACGACGGGCCCAAAGAUGGCCAGCCCCUGCCUUGUCACACUUCCCCAAGGGUGGAGAGGGGGAGCCCACAGAGAACUGCUGGGUGGGCGGGACACCCCAGCGGCACCGCCCCUUGUACGAUGCCUGUAGACUUGUAUAUGACUCCUUUAAUAUUGUAAAGAUGCCGAUGUACAAUUGUUGUGUGUUUGUGUAAACACAUCAUGUUCCUAGUUCAUGCCAUAAAUGAUGCUAUAAAGCAAAA